AUGGGAUAUCAUAUCCAUCCUGACAUUGCUGCCCGUCUCCUUCCAAAUGCGCGCACCGCCGAUAUUGGAACGGGCACAGGCCGAAACUCUUCAAAUUUGGAAAUCUUUUUUCUCGAUGCCCGCCAGCCCAUUAUCCCGGAACUCGAGGGGACAUAUGACCUCGUCCACGUCCGCCUCCUCGCCAUGGGCCUUCUACAGUCCGACUGGCGACCUGUUGUAUCUAACCUAACCUGUCUACUCAAACCCGGCAGAGCCCUACAGUGGGAAGAAUGUAACUUCCUCACCGCUACACAUCAGGGCACGAAUCCGGCCACAACUUUCGAGGCGGUACGGACCAUCGAGAAUCUGCUUCUUGAUGCAUUUUCCAAGCAUUUUGUGUGGGCAGGAGUGCUCUUCUAG